AUGCUAUCUAUCUAUCUAUCUAUCUAUCUAUCUAUCUAUCUAUCUAUCUAUCUAUCUAUCUAUCUAUUCGUGUUUAUUUUUCGCUUUUGCUUAUUUCCUUCCUUCCUUCCUUCCUUCCUUCCUUCCUUCCUUCCUUCCUUAAAUCACAAACUCUCCUUGGAUUUAUAUCCUUUUGGAAAUGUCCACCUAAUCACUAAAUCUAUCUAUCUAUCUAUCUAUCUAUCUAUCUAUCUAUCUAUCUAUCUAUCUAUCUAUCUAUCUAUCUAUCUAUCUAUCUAUCUAUCUAUGUUAUACGUUUCUACUUCUUUCUUUCUUUCUUUCUUUCUUAUUUUUACUUCUAGUACUAUUUCUUUCUUUGUAAUUUUUACUUUUAGUAUUCUUUCUUUCUUUCUUUCUUUCUUUCUUUCUUUCUUUCUUUCUUUCUUUCUUAUUUUUACUUCCAGUACUAUUUCUUUCUUUCUUUCUUUCUUUCUUUCUUUCUUAUUUUUACUUCCAGUACUAUUUCUUUCUUUCCAAUUUUUACUUGUAGUACUAUAUUUUUCUUUCUUUCUAUCUUUCUUUAUUUCUUUCUUUCUAAUUUUUACUUCCAUUACUAUUUCUUUCUUUCUUUCAUUCUUUCUUUCUUCUUUCUUGCUAACUUCUUCAAGUCUCAGUGUUAUUUUCAGAGCAUAUCCGCUAUAUCUAUCUAUCUAUCUAUCUAUCUAUCUAUCUAUCUAUCUAUCUAUCUAUCUGUUUAUGAGCUUGGAGUUUAGGUAG